UUCAGCCGUCAUCGCAAUUUCACUCCGAGACGUUAGGCGACGUUCAAAUUUAUUAAUACAACAACAAUAGCAGCAGCGGCUGUUACAACAACAACAACAACAACAAGAACAGCAGAAGAAGAACAAAACAGAAAGCAAUUCCAAACAUGGGCAAGAAAGACAAAAAUAAGGAACCGGCGGACGCUGCAGCAGCUGUCGAUGCACCACCAACCGAUGGCCCGCCGGCGGGCGAGGGCGCCGACGGUGAAAUCGUUGGCGGACCACGCAAUCCGCAGCAAAUUGCGGCACAAAAGCGCCUGCAGCAAACGCAGGCCCAAGUCGAUGAGGUCGUGGACAUUAUGCGCACGAAUGUCGAGAAGGUGCUGGAGCGUGAUGCCAAGCUCUCGGAGCUGGACGAUCGUGCCGAUGCCUUGCAGCAGGGCGCCUCGCAGUUCGAGCAGCAGGCGGGCAAGCUAAAACGAAAGUUCUGGCUGCAGAACUUGAAGAUGAUGAUCAUCAUGGGCGUCAUUGGACUGGUCAUCGUUGGCAUCAUAGCAAAUAAACUAGGCCUCAUUGGGGGCGAGCCUGCGCCGCAGUAUCCGCAAUAUCCGCCGUAUAUGCCACCACCGCCGCCGCAACAACAGCAGCCAGCCACCGGCGGACAAUCGGCGCUGGUCGAUGAUGGAGCCGGAGCCGGGAUUGUCGGCAAACCGGAACACGGCGGCGUAUAAGUAAUUAUCGAUGGCAUUUACUUGUAAAGCCAACAGUUGAAACAGUUUUCGAUUGCAACAAUAACACAAAUGAACACAAAUAAAAACUCAGUUAAACUAGAACAAAUCUCGAGAAUUGCAAAACAAAACAAAUAAUAUCUCAGCAUUCAGCAAGAUGCGACAGAUGCGACAGAAUGCAAAACAUUUUAAGUAAAUUAUGACUCAUAAUAUUAAUAAUAAUUAUAAUACAAAACUAAAAGACGCUCCGGGCAAUUUAAAGUUGUUGCUAAUUUGUUUAUGGUUACAUUAUUUCAUGCAUAAAGAAACUCUCUAUAUAUAUAUAUAUAUGUAUAAAUAAUACGAAUAGAGCCAUGCUAUAUAUAUAUAUAAAUAUAUAUUGUACUUAAUAUACUUAUCCUCUCUGUGCUGGCAACAAGGAGCGCCAGCGCUAGACAAGGUUCAGGUUGCUUCCCAAAAUUUUCGCAUUCGCAGCUCUUUGAACUCAGUUUCUUCGGCAGAAAAACAUGACAUAACAACAAUCUAGACAAACUCUAAGCUUUUGUUCCUAAAUGAAAGUUAUUAAACAAAUUAUUGAAAUGUAUAAUCCAAAAAGAAAUAAAAAUUUAAAUGAAAUAAUUAAGAUAACAACAAGAAACAAAGAACAACAAUCUACUUAUCUAGAACUAAAUUAAAUAAAUGUAUACAUAAACGUUUAAUGUGCAGCAUACUUAAAAAGCAAAUUGUAGUCAAAUAAAAUGAAACAAAAACAAAACGAAAAGAAAACAUUUAGCAAAAAUAUACAAUAAUAAUAAUUUGCGAUUUUCGGUUAAAGAAAGAAAAGUUCAGAAAACGGAAAAAAGAAAACAAAAACCAAACAGUUCAACGAUUAAAUUAAGCGCUUGUCACACAAUUUGUUAAUUAGAUCUGAUUAAUUUGACAAACAGCCAAAGCUAAAGAAACGGCAUGAAUAAUAUAAUAUUUGGCUACUAAUUUACAAGAGGGAAUUACUUAGAUAAUGCAUAAUGCAUCUACUAUUUAACUUGAUAUGUUAUGAUAUAUAGGGAAAAUACACUUCAUACGACAAUUCGAAAAAAUUAAUAACCAUUCAGCAAGUCGUCAUAUAUAUUCAAAAAUCAUUUCCGGCAACUAAGUAAGCCGUUGCACACCAGUGUUGCCAACUGCCACAUUCAAAAAAAAAGUAGCUGAAUUUGUUUGCUGAGUACACAUUGGCAAUUAACAGGGUUGCUUGUACUCGUCAUUGAGAUGUUGGAAAACAGCUAAAAGUGUUUAAAAUUUCAAAUGUUUAACGCUCACGACCUCUGAAAAUAGCCGAAUUUAGGUAAAUUAGCUGACUUGGCAACACUGUAGCACACACUCACCUAAUACAUAUACUAUAUAUUUGACUUGUUUCAAUAAAUAUAAACAUAUUUAAACAAUCAAAUUAUUAACAAUUAAACAAGCGCCUGCCCAAAGUGCUUUGCCAACCAACAAAAUGGGGCACACAGGAAACCAAAUACGAACAAAUAACAAAAAUUGAACAAAACCAAAAAUAGGACAAAAAUAUUUAAACAAAGUAAAUAAAAGAAAAACAAUGUGCAGGUAUUUUUAGCAAUAUUGAUAGCGUGUACAAUAUGUCGCCAAUUGCUUAAUAUUGAUAGAGUUUUGUUCAAUAAAUAAUACAAACACAUACAAAGAGAAACAAAACACAAACACACACACACACACACACACAACUCACACCUCAUAUGCAUAUAAACAUUCCAACAAGAACUAUGACUAAACUUAACUAAUAACUAAAAUACAUAUAUAUUCUAACUAGCGACAAUGUUUGUGUUUGUGCAGUAAAUAAAAGUGCGUUCUGAUUAAUUAUUUUUUGCAUUUCGGAAUACGAUAUAUGAUGUAUGUACUUACCCGUGAAAACAGUUAAAACAAAUCAAAUCUAUAACAAUUGUGUGUGUAUAUGUUAAAAAUAAAACGAAAACCCAAAUUUACGAGUUGAACUAACUUACAAAAACCAAAAAAAAAAAAAAAACAAAAUAAACAAAAAAAGCAGCACGCAGUAGGCGUAUUAAAAAAGACGAGAAAA